AUGGACCAACGUCAUAGCCUCAGCCCGGUCAGCACAACAAUCGCCGCCGAGCCAACCAUCAACAGAUCAAACCCAGACGCUCCAGAGUCAAAUACAGCCUCAGAGACGCAGGAGGAUCAAGGCAAUGAGCCUCCACGUCCCGGGACACCCCCUCAACCCCCGUAUUCGCCUGUAACGCCCGAACUCGCUCAUCUUACGCCGUUUCAAAACCCCUCUAAUGCAAACGGGACGACAGACCCCAUAAUCCCACCAGCUAUUCCGCUAGUUACGUCGCCCUCACCUACAUCACAAGUCCCGCCAGCUCCAUACAAAGCAGACCCUAUGUCUCUCCCUCCUCCAGCACCUCCCACAUUUGCCGCUCAACCGCCGCCCGCCCCGAUUUCCGAAAGCUCCAACCCCGAUGCGAUUGCACUGCGCUCAGCGAUUUCUAUCCUCCAACUGCAGAAGCAGCAGAGCUUACGAGAUAUCCAAACCCUGGAGAGGAUGAAAGAUGCCGCUGCUGCGGAUCCGGAGAAGUUUGUCCGAGAGCUUGCCGACGGGAAAUUGACGAGGAAGGAGCAAGGUGGAUUUAUUGAUUUUAACCAUGAAGAGGAGGACCGUGAUGAGGGUAUGCAAAUAUCUGAUUCUGGAGCGGAAAAAGGGCCAGCAUUGGGAACGCUCCCCGCCGCUCAGAACGUCGUCCGCAUGCCGCCUAUCAACUGGGCGAAGUACCAGAUUGUUGGAGAGAGCUUGGAUAAGAUGCACGAGGAACAACUCCGUCGUCCCUCUCUUGGUGAGCCGAGACGAGAUGAGGCGCAGGUACCCACAUCGACGCCAGCACCAGCGCCAGAGUAUCAUUUGGCGAUGCCUUAUCAGCCACUAAUAGACAAGCUGGAGAGUCCGACCAAAGCGAAAAAUAUCAGCAAAAGCAAGAAUGCAUGA